AGUAUCGAGUACCUAAUAUCGAUACCUGCCCAUCACUAGUGUGUAGUGGGAUAAGUAACGAAACCUAGGCUGAAGGAGUCGUAUAAUAACGAAAACAAUAACAAUGGCUGGGUGGACAUAUGAGGAAAGGCAGGAGCUCCUUGACAGUGUCCUAAAGCUAACAAAAGAUGAGAGCAAGUCGUUCACUUCCGUUCUGAAAACAUUUGACUGGGAGAAGAUUGAGGUCGGGGAACGGACGGCUGAGGAGUGCAAAGAGGAGUUUGUGAACGUGACGAGUAAGGUGCGACGAUACAGAACUAUGGCCGAAAUCAUUGUGGAUGCCCAAGCGGCAAAGAACGAGCCGUCUUCUUUUCCAGAUCUUCCCAAGAGACCAGCGCCAGCCUAUGUGAUGUUUUUGCAGAAGAAAAGCAAAAAAUUCGUUAAGAAGGGGAUACCUUUCAAAGAAUUGCCUGUAAAAUUGGCGAAAAAGUGGCAUGACAUGGAUGCAGUUACAAAGGAACGCUACCUGAAAAAACAUCAUGUCGCGGUGGCGCAGUACAGGAUUGAAAUGGCUGAGUUUGUUAAGAAACACCCGGGUGUGGUUUUGGACAAACCGCGGGCUCCUCUGCCGAGCAACCUGUUUGCAGACGCCAGGGUGGAGAAGACACUGGAGAAGAAUCCCGAGCUGACACAUGUCCAGGCCUUACGAAAGUGUAGCAAAAAGUACCUAAAGCUGCCAAACAAAAAGAAAUUGAAGUGGAUCAAGAAAGCAAAAGCCAGCAUUGAAGCAUACAAGGCUGACUGUGACGAGUACCUGGCCAAGAGGCCCGAGUCAAAGUUUCGCCCGAUGAAAGUCAUCAUUUCGAAAGAGGAGCAAAACAUCUUGGACGAGUCUGCUGGGAAGCCGGCUGUCCCUCCCAGGAACCUGUUCAACUUCUACAUGUCCACCACUGGCCAGCCGCAGGCGGGGAUCACGCAGAAGGAGAGGAUAUCGUCCCUCCGGGCACAGUACAAGACCCUCAGCGCCUUAGAGCAGCUCACCUUGCACCAAAAGUAUGAGGAGGAAGUGAAGUCGUACUCAGAGAAGUACCAGGCGUAUUACGAGUCUCUGACGGAGGAGGAGAGAUCCACGACUAAGUCCCCCUCGGAAGAAUUGGUCCUCUUCCAGAAAAUUCGUGGACCCAAAAAGACUACCAGCCAGGUUCUGAAUGUGGGCAGCCUCUUAAACCACAAGGGCAAGAACUCUUCUACUCAGAGAACCAUUCUGGACUACGCCACCCCGAAGAAAGGAAAGGGCGCAGCGCAAGAGUCGAGCUCGUCGGAUGAGCCGGUGCAGAACUCUUCAGUGGCUGGGGUGAAGAGAAAGCUGACCGUCGACGCCAAUGUGAGCCCGAAGAAGAAAAAAAAGAAUAGUGACAACACGUCGGAUUCUGACGAGGAAGAUAUCGUGAAGUCUCAAGGGAAAGUGAAAAAAUCACCGAAGAAGAAAAAGGGGAAUAAUGACGAUACGUCAGACUCUGACGAGGAAGAAAUCGUGAAGUCUCAAGGGAAAGUGAAAAAGUCGAAGAAGAAGAAAAAGGUGAAUAAUGACGACCCGUCAGACUCUGACGAGGAAAAAAUCGGGAUGUCUCAAGGGAAAGCGAAAAAGUCUAAGAAGAAGAAAAAGGUGAACCAUGAUUUGUUGGACGUUGCUGAGGAGAAAACGGUGAAAUCACAAGGGGAAGGGGAAAAAUCACCAAAGAAAGUCAUGCAAGUCCUACCAGAAGAGUCUUCGGACAGUGAGGACUCUGAGGAUGAGAUAAAAAUCAAGAGAAAGAAAAGCAAGUUGAAAUCGCCAGAAAAACCCAAGCCGCCGGUCAAGAAAAAGAUUGUUAAAGAAGAGGAGCCGGAUAUGGAUGAUUUGUUGAGUUUUUAGUUUUUUCUUUGAUUGAGACUGGUGCAGAUGAUUUGUUGAGUUUUUAGGUUUUUCUUUGAUUGAGACUGGUGCGGGUGAUUUGUUGAGUUUUUAGGUUUUUCUUUGAUUGAGACUGGUGCGGGUGAUUUGUUGAGUUUUUAGGCUUACGACUGAGACAGGGGUAGAUGAUUUGAUUUUUUAGGCUGUCCUUGAUUGAUGCUUGUGCGAAUGAUUUUUUGAGUUUGAAAUUGGUACAGAUGAUUUGUUGUGUUUUUGAGCUCUUGAUCGAGGCUUGAUAUAUGAAUGAUUUGUUAAGUGUUUAGGCUUUCUACUGAAGCAGGUAUGUGUGGAUGAUUUAUUGAGUUUGAAAUGAAAUUGGGACGGGUGAUUUGUUGAGUUUUUAGUCUCUUUGAUUCAGACUGUGUAUGGAUGAUUUGUUGAGAUUUUAGACUCUUUGUUUGAUACUGAUGCGGAUGAUUUUUAUUUUGAGUUUUUCAAUCUCCUUGAUUGAGGCUGGAUGUGGUUGUUUUACCAAGUUGUGCCUAAAAAAAAGUUUUGAAACAGCUGUGUGAAUUGUGGCAUCAUUAGUUUUUACCCCAAUCCCUGUUUUGUAUCCUAUUCCUGUGUACUUUUGAUUGCUGGAGCUAGUGGAAGUUCAAUUAUUAUUAUAACACAUAGCAUUGCGUUGCACAUUUCCAUUGUUUACAAUGCUCAAUGCGCUGUACAAGACAUUAAUUGAUAGCCUCUAAUGGCUAUAUAUAUAGGCAGCACUCAAGCACAAGGGCAUAUGAAAUGACACAUGUAUAUAUAUAUAUAUAUAUAUACAGUGCAGCCUCUCUAUAACGACAUCCUCUGUAUAUAUAGCAACAUGGUGCCGAGGUCCCUAUUUUUUCCUUAUAUGCCAUUAGUAACUUUUGGUUGCCUCUCAUAACAACUUUUUCUGGUCCCUACGAUGUGGUUAUAGAGAGGCUGCACUGUAUGUCAACGUAAUAGGAUGCGUUUUUCUGAAUAAUUUUUGUAUGAUUUCAAUCCUUUGGACGUGUAUGGGGAACAUUUUGAAGGCUAGGUAGGUGUUUGGCUUAGUGGUCGGAGUUGGAAUGAUAGGGACAAAAAAGUAGAGACUGUAGAUCAAAGUGUGUGUCUGAGUCUGAGCAUAAAUGUUUGAGUUUGGCUGUUUUGUUGUGGUCGGAGGGCUGUUUUCUUUUUGUUACACCCCAACCCACUUGGGGAGAGAGAUAAUAUGUACAUGAUUUAAUAUCGGUAACAUUCAUGAUUGUUUCGAUCCUGAUGUUCGUUGGUGUUAUAUUUUAAAUAUUAUUUUCCUGUGUAAAUAUGUAUAAAACAAAAUUUAUAUUUUCAAGAGAUUGAGAGAAAUGUAGGUGUAACACUUUGCCGCCUCAAUGCUCAUAUAGUAAAACAAACUCUUGUCAUCAAAGGCAAAGGCAUUUUGGGGAAAAUCCAAAGAAACUGGGUGGUACUGGCAGACAUCGCCGAUCGGCGAGAUGAGGUGGCUAAGUGUUUUUUAAAAAAAAUAUUUCCCCAUUUCUUUCCCUGUUGAUUGUUGUGUUUCUAAUUCUAGUCUUUGUUUUAUGUUUAGCCUCAGAUUUUCUCACUGCUAGACUGUAACUGGAAGUGUAUGUGCUAGACUGUAACUGGAAGUGUAUGUGCUAGACUGUAACUGGAAGUGUAUGUGCUAUACUGUAACUGGAAGUGUAUGUGCUAGACUGUAACUGGAAGUGUAUGUGCUAGACUGUAACUGGAAGUGUAUGUGCUAGACUGUAACUGGAAGUGUAUGUGCUAGACUGUAACUGGAAGUGUAUGUGCUAGACUGUAACUGGAAGUGUAUGUGCUGACUGUAACUGGAAGUGUAUAUGCUAGACUGUAACUGGAAGUGUAUGUGCUAGACUGUAACUGGAAGUGUAUGUGCUAGACUGUAACUGGAAGUGUAUGUGCUAUACUGUAACUGGAAGUGUAUGUGCUGACUGUUACUGGAAGUGUAUGUGCUAUACUGUAACUGGAAGUGUAUGUGCUUACUGUAACUGGAAGUGUAUGUGCUGACUGUAACUGGAAGUGUAUGUGCUGACUGUAACUGUGGGGGGCUUUUUUCUCUCUUGUGUAGAUGUCAGUAUGAGAUGGGGAUUAUGUACCACAUAUUCAUGUUGUGGUACUAGAGCCUAAUAAUUUGAUGUGUAUUAAGGUCAUAUGCCAUUCAAUUCCUAUCCCCCCUUCCAACCAAAAAGUCAAUUUCUA